AUGGCAUGCCCCAAGGAUGUCAAUAGGGGGGGGGGGGGGGGGGGGGGUGUUAACCUUCAUGCUAAGUUAGCGAAGGAGAUUAGAUCUGUUGUUAAGUCGAAUGGCGGGAAAGUGACGAUGGCUGCAUUGGAGCAAAUGCCGUUGAUGAAGUCAGUGGUUUAUGAAUCGUUUAGGAUUGAACCACCGGUGCCGUUGCAAUAUGGGAAAGCUAAAUAUGAUUUUGUGAUUGAGAAUGAUGAGAACGUGUUUCAAGUGAAGGAAGGUGAAAUGCUGUUUGGUUUUCAACCGUUUGCGACUAAGGAUCCUAAGAUUUUUGAGAGGGCGGAUGAGUUUGUUGCGGAGAGGUUUAUUGGUGAGGAGGGAGAGAAGCUGCUGAAACAUGUGCUAUGGUCGAAUGGUCCUGAAACGGAACAACCGACGGUUGGGAAUAAGCAGUGUGCUGGGAAGGAUUUUGUUGUGUUGUUUUCUAGGCUUUUGGUGGUGGAGCUGUUUCUGAGAUAUGAUACUUUUGGUGUUCAUGUUGAAAAGGCGCCUAUAGGAUCUGCUAUUACCUUUACUUCUCUUAAGAGAGCAACCUAUUAG